UAAUUAUAUGAAUUCCGACAUGCGUCGUCAAAGAUUGGAUCGAUGCACGAUUUCGCUUUUAAUUAGCAUUAGUAUUGCGAUUUUAUGGUGAUUGAUUUAACAUGUAAAAAUUCGAAUAAAUUUUCAGCAACUAUGCAUCAGCAAAUAACAGUAGUAAACAAGCAAGGCCAGAAACUUGAUGGGGUGUUACAUGAUACUGGAUCAACCAAUAUCGUUGUCUUAUGCCAUGCUUUUCGAUCAUCUAAGGAGCACUUCGCCAUGGUCAAGCUUGCUGGUGCUUUAGAAAAUGAAGGAAUCACUGCAUUUCGCUUUGAUUUUUCUCUAACUGAGUACACCGAAGACUCUUAUUAUAGCGGUAAUUAUAAUAGCGAGAUUGAAGACUUGAGAGCUGUGGUUGAAUACUUCUCUGCAGUAAACCGUCCGGUUGCUGCAAUUCUUGGCCAUAGUAAAGGUGCCAAUGUUGUCCUUGAAUAUGCAUCUAAGUAUCACGAUAUAGGUGCUGUCAUCAAUGUUUCCGGCCGUUACGAUCCCUGGCACAUUGACCUUAAAUCUAGAAAAGCAUCUUCGGAUUAUGAAGUGACAAAGGAGAAUAAGAGUAAGCAAGUCGAUACUAACAUUCAUGAAGAAUGGCUUACGAUUGACCCCAGAUGCAAGGUGCUGACGGUUCAUGGUACGGCUGACAACGACGUGGCUCUGGACGAUGCAUACGAGAUCGGGAAGGUGGUGCCGAACCACCAGCUGCAACUCGUGGACGGCGCUGAUCAUACUUAUCACGCUCGCCUCGACCAACUUGCUGCGGCUGUCGUGCAUUUCGCCAAGGAAUUGUUCCAGAAGAUGCCAUUGCCAUCUCAUCUCGUGACAAAAUAAUACCGUGAUUCACCAUCUCCCUGCAUUAUGUGUAGUUUAGAUUUGGAUGAGACUUUCAUUCCGAAUGACGUUGAUUUUUGCAGUAUUAUUAUUAUUGACAUCGGACAAUGAUGUUUU